AUGGCUUACACAGACGAUGCUGUCAAGGCGAAGCUGUCAGCUCUGAAUGAGACCCAGGAGAGCAUCGUGACUGUCGCGCAAUGGGUCAUGUUUCAUAGGCGCCAUGCCGAACGGACUGCACAGAUCUGGCUCCAAAAGAUUCGUGACUCGCCGCCUCCCAAGCGACUCAACCUCAUCUACCUCGCAAAUGAGGUCGCGCAGCAGUCCAAAGCGCGUGGAAAAGAAGACUUUCUCAUCGCAUUCUCACCGAUUGUUGCGGAAGCCGCAGCAGUGGCAUACAAGGGCUCUUCAAAUGAUAUCCAGCAGAAGAUUCGCCGGGUUGUGGAGGUGUGGAGGCAGCGCAAUGUGUUUGAAGGGCCGAUCCUGGAUGCCGUGGAAGCUCGCGUGAAUGACAUUGACAAGACCCGUUCCACAUCCAAGAAGCAGCCUCUCGGCGGCUCGUUCUUCAAGGACUCUUCGACGGGGUCUACACCGUCCGAACUCCAGCCGCUAGCCCCUCUACAAGUCGCCGUCACCAAAGCCGCCAUGGCCUCCAACAGCUCGGCUGUAACCGCCAAUACCGAGUACAGCAAGCUGAAUGACCCCCAAGCCCCCAAGAUCACCCCUCCAGUGCACGCUGCACGCCUCGGCACGCUGCUGAAGGCGCUUGCACACGCCGAGAAUUCUGUUUCAGAGGUCAUCAAGUCGCGGCGCGCCCUGAUUGACGGACUCGAAAAGCUCCUCGCGACCAAUCGAUCCGAGCUUGAGAAAGAGGAGUCUCUCGUGGCACAGUUUGGAGAGAAAAAAGCGGAAACAGACACAAAGCGACGCGAGGUUGAGGAUGCAAUUAUGCGUGGUUAUCAAGACGAUUCUUCUGUUACUGGAACUGAACAGGGUAACGCGGGCGGCGAGGAACCUGCUCGUCCCCAGGUUGAGGCAUUGACUCCUCCCCCCGUCGAGGCUAUUACACCUGUUGGAUCACCAAAGCCCGAGCAGCCUGAUGACAGCCACGGCCCGUUCACAGAAGAGGCCCCGAUAAACCUCCCACAUGGCCUCAGCCUGCAAAGUCUUGAGCAGGUUGACCAUGGCAUUGCAUUCGACCCGUCCAAUAUUUCCCCUGGUGGUGGAAAUGACUUCGACCUCGGCGCGAACGGAGCAGCAGCGAAGAGGCGCAAGGUGGCGCAUGAGGAAGACUAUGCACAGUAUGCCGGCGGAGAUCUGGAUGCUGAUGUAGCAGAAAUGAUUGCGCGGGAAGGAGGGCAGUGA